UUCCCUCCUUUUGGGGUUUGGUGAACUCAGCUUGGAAUCUUUGCUCUGUGGGGAAAAGACAGUCACCUGUUAAUAUUGAAACCAGCCAUAUGAUUUUUGAUCCCUUCCUAACUCCACUUCGCAUAAACACAGGGGGAAGAAAGGUCAGCGGGACAAUGUAUAACACAGGGAGACAUGUUUCUCUACGACUAGACAAAGAGCAUUUGGUUAACAUCUCCGGAGGGCCGAUGACUUACAGCCACCGCUUAGAAGAAAUCCGGCUACACUUUGGAAGUGAAGACAGCCAGGGAUCCGAGCACCUCCUCAAUGGACAGGCCUUCUCUGGGGAGGUUCAGCUAAUCCACUAUAACCAUGAGCUCUACACAAAUGUCACAGAAGCUGCAAAGAGUCCUAAUGGCUUGGUGAUAGUUUCCAUAUUUAUGAAAGUAUCUGAAUCAUCAAAUCCAUUUCUAAAUCGUAUGCUUAACAGAGACACCAUAACAAGAAUAACGUAUAAAAAUGAUGCAUACUUACUACAGGGGCUUAAUAUUGAGGAACUUUAUCCAGAGACCUCUAGUUUCAUUACGUAUGAUGGGUCGAUGACAAUUCCACCCUGCUAUGAAACAGCAAGUUGGAUAAUAAUGAACAAACCUGUCUACAUAACAAGGAUGCAGAUGCAUUCUUUACGACUGCUAAGCCAGAAUCAGCCAUCACAGAUAUUUCUGAGCAUGAGUGACAAUUUCAGACCAGUCCAGCCUCUCAACAAUCGAUGUAUCCGAACUAAUAUCAACUUUAGUUUACAGGGAAAAGAUUGCCCAAACAACAGAGCACAGAAACUACAGUAUAGAGUAAAUGAGUGGCUCCUCAAGUAAGCAGGACCGAGCAGGCAGAACUCCUGACCUCAGUGGAAUGCAACUACUGUGAAUCAACAUUAUCCAAAAUGCACCAACCUCAUGCUCUCUUUGGGUUCACGACAGCAUGCACCAACAUGCUGUAAGAAAUGAGCUGCCAUGAUGGAAACUCAACUAAAAAUUCAUUCAUAUGAUCAGUGGUAACAAAAAAUAAAAUUAAAAAAAAAGGUAAAAAGACAGUAUUACAGUAAACGUGAUUACAAUUUUGAUACAGUUUUCCUGAACUAAUUUAGCUUCACAAAAAAA